CAGCUGAAAUCUCCUGUGUGUAUCCAAUACGAGUUGAUGACGUAACUCUGAACAGUCAACAGACAGUCGGUCCGGACUGAAGCUGCACCGGGGCCAAUUUUUCCAUAUUUAUUUAUUUUAUUUCUUCACGAUCUGUUCAACAACAUUCAUACAAGGCGGUCAGAACAGAGUGUUUACGGGGUGCGAACGAGGCCGUUUGUGGCGAGUUUUGAGGAUAAGAACUCCGGAGUGUGACGCCUGUUUUUUAUUUAUGUUCAGAGCUGCGAUGCGUAUAUGACACACCGAAAGUGAAAUGUAAGGAUUUUUGGUCUUGACAAUGUAAAGACACGACUAUAAAUUUAAACAUGAUAUCGCACUUUAUAUCUUUAGCCUAAGCGUCGGUUUUUGUAUUACUUUAUUUGUAAACGCACAUGUGUUGGCGCACGAGAGCAGGCCAGUGGUGAAAGACCGAUUAUAAUUAUCAUCAUCAUUUUAACACACCAGUCUGAUGUAUUGUCUGAUGUCUUUAUUUUGUGUGCUUUAAAUAUUUAUGUAAAUUCUUUAACUUGUUCUUGAUCUUGAUAAGAGUAACAGUACUAUUGAUGGUGGACAGGGACCCUAAAGACACAUUGUUUUCGAUAAUGUCAACAUGAUGCCCAGGUCAGAUAUUCUCUUUUAAUGUGGCUAACACUGAUUCAGUUUGACUUUAACUUUGUGACAGAUGUUGCAGGUACCUACACCCUAAACUGCAGGACAGGAUUAGACAUAGAAGCUACAGGAGAGAUUUCAAACAUAGGUGAGGGGGAUUUGUCUGAUGUAGCCCUUAAAAUAAUGAAAUUAAUAUUAAGUGAAGUGCAAGGGCAGUCACCAAACAUUUAGGAAAUAUAUGUUGAUGCCCUACUAAAAGCAGUGAUUUCUGCCGUCAUGUGAACUUUGUGUGCGAUGCACUUGGCAAGGAGAUAUUGAACUGUUUCUCCCUGAGUUUCAAAGGAUUAAACCGCAGUCUAGGUGGUUGAAGGAACUUACUUCGACUUAAGUGUGUGACAGACAGUGGUGUGCUCCAGCUCUCUGGAAAUGAGAAAAUGAAUUGCGAGGAGCAAGCUGUAGAUUUGUGCAAUGCUAUGACAAACACUACAUCACACCCCGUGGAUGAAAUCUUUCCCCAUGACGGUCUCAUGCUGAUGGAUGGUGACCAGGGGGAAAGGGAUGCUACCACAGAGGCUGCUGUCCUAGUGAGGUUAAAAGACGUCCAUGCUAAGGAUGAGGAUAUUCAGGUUUCCACUGACAUCAAAGCACUGCAUAUUAAAAACAAUGGAUCCAUUGCAUCAGCUGCAGAGUGGGCUGGCCCUUUAAAUGGUUCUAGCGCAGACCAGCAACAAAGUAAAAGCAAUGUGAAGGUUGAGGAACCACCAGUGACCAAAUGCACGGUUCGAGAUGGGGGUGAUGAUGAUGGUGAAAUGGAUAUCGGUGUGGAUUUAAGUCUGGAUGAAAAUGGCAUUUUGGAGAUGGAGCCAGCGGUCCAGACGGCCACUGAAAGUGAUGACAGUGCCUCUAGUUGCGAUAAAUCCCUAAUCUUAGAAACGUUCAUAGAACUGCAUUCACAGAAACCUUCAGAAGAAAGUAGCGAUGACGUGCCCAUGAGCACUCCCGGCAUGGAGGAUGUUUCUCCUGCUUCCACUCCAGGGGAGGGAGCUGGGAUUAAGCAUGGGUCAAAGAGGGUGACCUUUCCUUCGGACAAGGACAUCGUCUCAGGUGCGGUUGAGCCUAAGGACCCUUGGAGACACGCCCAGAAUGUGACAGUGGAGGACAUUCUGAAUGCCUAUAGACAAGCAUGCCAGAAACUCAACUGCAAACCAAUUCCCAAAGUGCUCAAACAAAUACAGGACUUAAAAGACCUGACGCAGCGAAACGAGUGCCUAGACCUCAAAGGAGAGAAACUGGACUAUAAGUCAUGUGAGUCUUUGGAGGAGAUCUUGAAAAGGGUGCAGUUUAAAGUGGUAGAUCUGGAACAGACCAGCCUGGACGAGGACGGAGCAUCAGCUCUGUUUGAUAUGGUAGAGUACUAUGAAUCUGCCACUCAUCUCAAUAUCUCCUUCAACAAGCACAUCGGCACCCGGGGCUGGCAGGCUGCCGCCCACAUGAUGAGGAAGACGAGUUCUCUGCAAUACUUGGACGCCCGCAACACCCCGCUGUUGGACCAUUCGGCUCCAUUUGUGGCCAGAGCUCUGCGGAUCAGCGGCAGUCUAACUGUUCUACACCUGGAGAAUACUGGCCUCUCAGGACGACCUCUCAUGCUUCUGGCCACGGCACUGAAGAUGAACAUGAACCUCAAAGAGCUGUAUUUGGCCGAUAAUAAGCUUAAUGGUCUGCAGGAUUCAGCUCAGCUGGGGAACCUGCUGAAGUUCAACUACAACAUCCAGAUUCUGGACCUGAGAAACAAUCACAUACUAGACUCAGGGUUGGUGUAUGUUUGUGAGGGUCUCAAGGAACAGAGGAAAGGUCUGGUCACUCUGGUGCUCUGGAACAACCAGCUUACACACAAUGGCAUGGGCUACCUAGCUGCUGCUUUGCCAUUUACUCAGAGCCUGGAGACACUGAACCUGGGACAUAACGCAGUGGGGAAUGAGGGAGUGCACAAACUAAAAGACGGACUGAUAGGGAACCGCUCCAUCCUCAGGCUGGGUCUGGCUUCCACCAAACUUUCCUGUGAAGGAGCGGUUGCUAUAGCGGAGUUCAUUGCUGAGAGUCCAAGGCUUCUCCGGCUAGACCUGCGGGAGAAUGAAGUCAAGACUGGGGGCCUCAUGGCUCUCUCGCUUGCCUUCAAGGUGAACACAUCUCUGCUCCGACUCGACCUGGACCGAGAACCCAAAAAAGAGACAGUGAAGAUCUUUAUUGAGACACAGCGCGCCCUGCUGACAGACAUUCAGAAUGGCUGCAAGAGGAACUUCAUCUUGGCCAAAGAGAAGGAAGAGAUGGAGCAGAAGAUGAGGCAUUCUGCCUCUAUGGCAGAAAUCGUCACAGAGGAUCAAGCUCAGGAGGAUGAAGAUGAGGACCCCUCAGCAUCUGCUGACAAGGGAGAGGAUGAAACCGCUUCCAGUCAGAAAGACACAUCAGAGGAGGGCGGUGAGGAGGAAUCAUUUGAGAACCAAGAGAUCAAAGAUCAAAAAACGAUAGUGCAAGACGACUCUGACUCUGACUCGGACACUGACGAUGAGGAUGAGGAUGUAGCCGAGGAGGUAAAUGCUUCUGCAAAGACCAUGUCUCCAAUAUCGAUUUCUUCCUCAGCUUCUGCAGUAAAUGCAUCUCCAGUUGCCUGUAAGACCACACCCCCUACGCCCCCUCCCCUUGCAUCUCCAGCUAUUUCAGGGAUUACGGUGACUGAUGCCAUCGUUGCCCACGGAACACCACCAUCCUCUGGCCGGUGCUUCUCUGUGUCCAGCCCUGGCAGAGGACACAAGAUAUUUAUGGUGACACGAGUGGAGAGCCCUCCAGAGCAGCAACAGCUGACUGCAUUGCCUAGAAGCAUCCAGAAGGCAACAGAGAACCAAACUAAUAUAAUGACCCCUAAAGAACCUUCAAAUGCACCUUCACAGCUGCCUGAGCAGAAAUCAUCCAAUUCUUCUAUUGACCUUAAUGGAACAGAGGUCCAGCAGUUCUCUGAAAAACAGCCGUCACCAGUGCAGUCAAACAUGGGCAAACCUGAGUCACCACAGCCAGCACAGACACAAACAACAGAGUCUGAGCUUACUACAAUAACCUCACAUGAGCUACAUGCAGCAACAACAUCAGGGCAGGCCCCCACUGAGACACUCACCCACAACAAGACAUUGACGCCUUCAUUUCCUGUGGAUAAGCAGGAAAAUGUGCAAGAACACACUCAUUCUGAUAAGGUUCUAUCUCAGCAGCAAGCUUCAAUAUCAGAAAGCACACAAGAGUCUAAGAUUGUGAGCUCAGAGCAACAGGCUACAGCAGAAACAUCAACACCAAAGCAGUCUUUAGAAGUCCAGAGAGACUCUGUCCUUGCAAAUCAGUCUCACGUAGGGCAACAAUUAAUGAAUACGCAAAGAUUGCAUGAGCAGGACCAAACAGCGUCCUCUUGUGCUGAACGGGAAACAAGUAGUUAUCACAAUGCCCAGGAAUCUGGUCCCUCCCAAACAGAGCCAUCAGUUUCAGGACAAUCCUGGGAGGAGAUGCUAAACAAAGAGACUGAAUCCACAUCUGUUGCAGAUGUGCAGCAGGGCAAUAACGAGGAGGAACAAGUGCAAUACAACGAGCAGCAACAGACUGCUCAUGUUCAGCCUUCACUAGAGGUCACUGAUACUCAUGGCCUCCUAGAGGCAGAAGGCUGUAUUAUUCCAGCAAACAUGGAGUCGUUGACAGGAUUUCCUGAGGAAAGCUUCACAGAAGAAGCAAAAGGACUUCUCACUGUGACCACUGGGGCAGCGCUGCCCAAUGGGCUAAAGCCAGAAUUUGCCUUUCACCUGCUCGAAUCAGAGGGCCCCAAACCAGUUAGCUGCAUUAUGGAGCAUGUGAGCGUGACAGCAGAGCUAAGGUGUGGGCAGAAUUUAGAGGAGCUACUUCUUGAUGCCAGUCUGGACACCAGCAGAGAUACACCAUAAUGCUGUAACCAAGGGUCCACACAUGCAGUGAAAACCGGAAGGUCUGGUUUGUUCUGACCACCUGGAAUUUGCUCAAAGUCCUUGGGUCCCAUUCUCUUUCUGUCUGUCUUUCUCGUAUCAUUUCCCAAAAUUUUUCAAGACUUUGUAUUGACUCAUUACAUCACAGACAACUUGCCCUCCCUCAGAUAUCCACCCCUAACAUGAUCGAAAAAAUAUUGUUAUUCUCCUGAAAUUAGGGAUAUCUCAUUUGUGCACUGUGGUCAAAAAACAAGUUGAAACACUCAACGUUUAUGUAAUAAUGAGACAUUAAAGCUGUCCUUUCCCCCGUCACCAUGUUCAUUCAGUGAUGGUGUUCUUUCAAAACACGCAGUUACCAAAGACACGCAUGCAGAGACACUGGCUAACCGGCGACUUCUUCUUGUCCACUACAUUACGCUGUUGACUUGGGCACAUCACUCACUGCUUCCCCCAAAUGGACUGAUUGUCAUAAUGCAGUAGAAAGACCUGCUCAGACUACUGCAAAAAGUUGAACUUGUGUGGGAAAAUUUGGUUUUGGUUUUCAGACCUCGCUGAUCAGGCAGGACUUGUUUAGUUUGAGUGUGUGUAUGCCAUUGCAUGUGAAUGUGAGUUCAUCAAAGAUUAUUGGUGGCUCAUUAACAAAAAAGGCUUCUACCAAAUUGACAUGCCUCCACUUUUCAUUUGUUCUUGCUGCUUGUGUCCUGCUCAGGAAUUGUUGUUUCUGUUUUCAGCACUGGGCGAGACUCUGAUCUGUCAAAACACAUUGGCAUCCACUCCCACUCUGAUUUCACCAGGUUCCCUCCAUGACCCAGCACUUUUGAAGCCUCUAAAGCAUUUUGAAACCUGCUUGAAUAUCUGGAAGUGGAACAGUUGACAUCUGCCUAGGCUGAAUUUUUUUUUUAUCUUGAGUGAGUCAUCUGAAUGAUCCAGAUGAUUCGGACUACUUCAUCCUUCGCUGAAGAUGAAAAGUAUAAAAUUAAUAAAAUGUAAAUGUUUCACUCUCUCUUGCUUUCUCUCUUGCACACAUACACAAAAACUCAUUCUGUCUUCCAUCGGUAUUACCCUCUUUGUCAACAUACCUGAAGACUCAUGAUAUGUUUGCCUUUAAACCUUUUUUUCCACUCUUUAUUCUGGCUGCUAUGCUGAAUCAGUUUGUAUUUAUUUUAAAACAACUUUUUUUUUGUUGUUGUGAUUAUUAUUUUUAUUUUUAUUUUUUUUCUCCCCCCUUCCUUGUGUUCCCAAUCUUUUUGAAGCUGUUUUUGUGGGAUUCCCCCGUUUGGUGUACAUUUUCAGAUUCUACAGAGAGCAAAUAUUAAGAUUAAAGUUUUUCCUAUUUUGAUUAUUGGGGGUGGGGGGAAGGGGCUGGGCCCUGUUGAUUUAUAUUCAAGGGGAUGGAGCUCUGGGGGGAAAAUCAAGUGUGUGUUUUGGGGAUGAAGGCAGUAGGAGUGCUGGACCACAAGACUUUCUGAAGAAAACACUACAGUUGUGAAGCUACUGAUGCUAGGGAUACUAGAGACUAAACUUUACCUCGAGAGAAAGACCAGUUCACCAACCUAAGAUGUGAUUUUUUGGACAAAUGAAAAGGUUGUGACAUCAAAGGAAAGCUUGACCUGAUAAAUUUAGUACUUGCGCCAUUCCAGGAUCUAUGGUUGGUGCUUUUAGGUCUCUCUCUCUCUCUCUCUCUCUCUCUCUCUCUCUCUCUCUCUCUCUCUCUCUCUGUCUUUUAAUGUCUGGUUGAUGUUGACUCUGACUUUGAAAAGAAACAUAUAUCUACAAGGUUU